CACAAACACAACUGCAGCUGGCAGUGCUAUGAACUGAUGCCAUCAUCUCACAUUCACGUCGUUGGGAUGCGAACACUGUAGCCAGCAUGAUAAUCUCUCGAGAAGUCUGGGGAAGAGCGCAUGAUUAACUCUCAACAUGCUAUGCAAUGUGGACUGCUGGCAGACUGCCACUACGACCCGCAGGGAAUUGCUACGGCGAAUAUACUGCAACCCUGACUUCAUCACAUGUUGCGAACACUUGUUCUUCGCUUCCUCUUGUAAGGGGAUUGACAAAGAAGCACCUAUCCCUCCUUCGCAAAAACGUGUACCUGCAUCUUGCACAUGGAGCACGCCGAGCAGUAUCGUUCAAGAUUACUAGGGGAGCCCGUCUCGCUUCGCUCAUCGUUUUCAGUGCAAGUAUAUUUUUUCCAUGUCUCCUCUCUCCCGCAUCCCAACUCUCAUCUCCCAUGUCCCAUGUCC